AUGAUCGACACCCGUCUAUGCUUCAGAGAGCACCUGGACUUUGUCAACAGGAAAGCGGCGGUGGCUGGGCAAGCACUCUCCAGAAUAAUGCUCAACUCCAGAGGCCCCAAGCAGCAGAGAAGGCAGUUAUUGAUGAGCGUGGUAAGGGCAACCAUUCUGUAUGCUGCUCCAAUUUGGCAUACAGCCCUAUCAACGCCAAGCUACUUCAGCGGGAUAGCCAGCACCUACCGCCUCUGCGCGCUCCGGGUCUGCUCUGGCUUCAGGACGAUGUCGGACGAUGCCGCCCUUGUGAUUGCGGGUAUGGUACCAAUCGACUCCUCGCUAGGGAAAUUAUCUCCCUACGCUCAUCCGGCCCUGCUACCAGUGCCGUAA